AUGAAGCUGACCACGCAGGCCUACUGUAAGAUGGUGCUGCACAGCGCCAAGUACCCGCACUGCGCCGUGAACGGGCUGCUGGUGGCCGAGCGGCCCUCGGGAGCCCCGCGCCGAGAGCAGGCCGGGCCCCCUUCGCUCUUCGUGGACUGCAUCCCUCUCUUCCACGGCACCCUGGCGCUGGCGCCCAUGUUGGAGGUGGCACUCACGCUGAUUGACUCUUGGUGCAAAGAGAAUAGCUACGUGAUAGCUGGAUAUUACCAGGCAAACGAACGCGUGAAAGAUGCCAGCCCAAACCAGGUUGCAGAAAAGGUGGCCUCCAGAAUUGCAGAGGGCUUUAAUGAUACAGCACUCAUAAUGGUCGAUAACACCAAGUUUACGAUGGAGUGUGUAGAGCCUGCCAUUCACGUAUAUGAGCUUCACGAGAACAAGUGGAGGUGCAAGGACCCGCAUGUUGAUUUUUGUGAAGAUUGGACCGAAGCCCAGAGAAUCGCUGCAUCUCUCUUGGACAGCAAGUCCUACGAGACACUGGUAGAUUUCGAUAAUCACCUGGAUGAUAUCCGGAAUGACUGGACAAACCCAGAGAUCAACAAAGCUGUCCUUCACCUGUGCUAGAGGGGUUUCUACUGACUAACUUACAGGCAUUCCCACUCUGUACUGAAGAGAGAAAAAUGCUAUUUUUAAAUGUAAAUAGAAUAAUACUCAGUACCCUGUGUGGAAACCUGAUUAAAAAGCAGUGGCAUGUCACAUUGCAGGGUGAUGUGUCCAUAAGCUGUUAAAUCCUUUUUGCAAGAUUCCUUGAAGAACUGCAAACUGUCAGUUACUGCUGUCCUUAUGGAUGCCUUCCCAGUUGUAGUGAAUGUUGCUAUUCCUUCAAAACCAAAACUACUACUGCUUGUCCCUACUGUUCAUAAUACAGAGUUUUGACUAAGCUUUUCUAAUCUGUAGAGAGGUUACUUUUCAAUGAUUUAUAGAAAUACCUUCCAAGGAAAAUUAGUCCUGUCCUCAGAUGGGAAAAUUUAAGGUCAGAUAUGUAAGGUUAACGGUUGGAAAUGUAGUUCUUUUUGACACAGUAAAAUGCAAAAUGCUGAGGACAACAUGCCAUGCUCAUGUGUUAACUGUUUUGCAGUGGUUUAGCAUGGCACAGCUACUACCAAGAAUGUGUUAAAGCAGCAUUCCCAAACACUAUGGUGAUUCCUGCUCUCCGUGGGCAUACAGCCACAGAUAUUGCUUGAAUAUGUUAAACCCAAGGUAGAAACCAAAUGUUAACCUAGUGAUGCGUAAAAAGGACUGGAAGUGCACUAAUGAGUUCUGAACCAGUUUGAAUCUACAAAAGAAGAGUGAAAUACCUUAUUAAUUGUAUGCAGUCGUGUUAGGGUUUAUAAGCAGAUCUCAUUUUCAGAUGGUUCAUUUGUUGUCCAUUUAAGUAGGUCUAAAUUGUGUCCCUCCGAGUUGAAGGCAAGUGAUCUAAAUACAUUGAAUUAAGGAGCCUAGAUACAGUCUCGUUCAGCUUCUGCCUGUCUCUCUAAUUAAUGCUUGUUUUAUACAAAAAAGUUUAAUGAAGCUUUAUAUCAGACUGGCA